UAAUGUCGAUCUUUUCACGUAGUAACCUUCCAACCUAGUGUUUGCACUCAAAACGAGUUCACUGUGCUAUUACUGCGCUACUCUCCGUUUUAACGGGACGGAUAUUUAGGACUAUUUUUUCGGGACCCGGAUUGGUUGCUAUUUUUAAAAUGGGAAGUUUCCAGAGGAAUUAAAUAAAAGCGGAUUUUAAUAAUUUUUUCAGUACCCUUUCAAGCCUUGAUGUGAAGCAGAUUAAAAAGUGUCUUGUGUUUUAAAACUCCAUGGAUGCAUAACUUGGAUGAUAAAUGUUUGUUUUAUGUUAACUUAGAUUUAAAAUUUAUUUAUUUAGUGAAUAGAUUUAAAGGACUACAGUUUGUGCAUUUGGUGAUAAGAAAAUUUGGUGUAAAUUCAUUUUCGUUGAAGCCAAAAUUUACAAAACAAAACUUAUCUGAAACUUUGACGUAGAAUUCCAACUUUGUUGAAUAGUGUUUAUCUGAUAUUAGUUGAAACUUGAGUGAGGUUUUACAAAAAUCUGAGAUAAAGACACAAUCAUUUUAUCAGGCUGGAGAAAAAUUGCAAUAUUUAUAUCUUAUUUUUAUCUUAAAAUAAACAGCAAGAAAUUUAGGACAAGUCUCGAGCGAUAUUUUUAGUCAUAACAGUUUCUUCGGUCGGACAGACUUUAGCUAAAAGAAAUACUUAGAGCGAAUCUAGAUGCUUUAGUGCUUUGAGAGUUUUUAAUUUUCAUCACGAAUUAAAAAUGAAUGGUAGUAAAAAGGACAGUAUCCGAAAGUAUAAAUUGACAUAUUUUGACAUACGGGGACGCGGUGAAAUACCACGGCUAUUGUUUCAUGCAGCUGAAGUGGAAUUUACCGAUGACCGGAUAGAUAGCGAGGAAAAAUGGUACAACUCUUUAAAAGCAAAAAUGCCACAGAGAGUACUGCCAGUGUUGGAAGUUGAUGGCAAACUUCUCUCGCAAAGUCUUACAAUUUGCAGAUAUCUGGCACGGGAAUUCGGUUUGUGUGGUAAAACGAGUUGGGAACAAGCUUUGGUUGAACAGGUUGUCGACACCAUGGACGACUUAAGAGCUGAGGUUGCAAAAUGGAUUUAUGAAAAAGACACAGAGAAGAAGGAUGAAAUUGGAUCUCAUUUACGCUCCGAGAUUUAUCCCAAGUUUUUUGGUAUAUUAGAGGAUAUCCUGAAGGAGAACGAGGAAAACAACAACAGAAGCGGUUACCUUGUUGGCGAUAGCUUGACCUUGGCUGACCUCAGUGUUUUCGAGACCUUCACCUUCCCACUAUCCAUACAUCCUGACAUUCUGGACGAUCAUUUAGAGCUACAAGAGCACCGUAAACGAAUUGAAACACAUAAACAUCUUGCAGACUAUAUAAAGAACAGACCGGUUCGACCCGUGUGAAAAUACGUUACUGUAACGGGUGAAAAAAUACGUUACCGUAACGGGUGUGACAUUUGUAAAUAUUAACUAAUUGGAAAGUGCAAUGAUAAUAACUAUAAAUCAAUGCAUUACUAACGUCAAUAAAAGUAAUAAAUUGUUAAAUUUCUUUACGAAGUGUCCAAAUCAAAUGGUAUUUAGCAUUUCUUAUAAAAAGAAGGUUGUGUUGAUACGGAAAAAAACAUAUAGACAAAAUUUAUUUUUUCAGAUUUUUUUCAAAGAUAUGAAUUUUGAUUAUCAAAUCGGGUAUUUGUUUUAUUCAAUAUUUAGUAAACGGGAUGUACAUUGAUUUGUUCAAGAUGCCGUUGUUAUACAUAUAUUAUUUGACACAAUCAUUAUAUAUGUUUUGUAUAGGGAUAUAAAAAUAUUUGGUUGUUGUACUGUAAUUUUGCAUUUUGUUACAUUGUUUUAAAUGCAUGUUAAAUAGCUUGUUAUAUUUUUUUCGGUAGAUAUUUACACGAUAAAUUUACUUCUUUUUCUCUAAACCUACGCGCAAACAGUGUUGAGCUCUUUAGAGUUAUAAUAAGAGCUUACUUUGCGCCCAAAAGUGUUAGAAGUAAUGAUUUUACAUGGCUGAAAAAGAGCAUUUGAAACGAAUGCGUGUUGCUUCAAUUGAAUACACUCAUUCACAUGAGCUCAUAAUCAACUGAUUCGAUUAUAACAUUUAUAUAGAUAUAUUAAAUUUUGGCUCUUAAAUCCUUAACAGGCUGGCACCGGUAGUAAUUAGCCUUUGCCACCAGUAAUGAGCACACCAGGCUAUUGCCGCUCAAAAUUUGUAAUUCGCUGUUACCUUUGAAUGGACUGUUCCAAAUUCAAAUCUGGGCAAAUCCAUUUCACAGUUUCAGCUGGUUCAGGGUUUAUGACCGCUCCCGGAUUUGGUUUGGUGCCUUCUUGGUGCCCUGCUAUGGCGGCUUUUGUGUGUCGGGGUCUGCAUCCUGUGAGCGUUGCCAUUGCCUUGUUGAUCAUUAAUCUCUUCUUUUAACAAUAAGACUGAACAUAAAAGCAACAACAAAAUGGAAUAAAGCUUAAAAGGUCCAUGAUGCCUCAAAAAUGCUAUCAUUUUUAUUUCACAAAAACUUAUAUUUGUUAUCUUGUUACAGUUUUAAAAAAUUUCCUAUUUGCCACAAAGAUGAGCUAUUUUUAAAUAUUUGGCCUUGUUGGCAAUUUGUAUAAUUAUAGUGAAUUAUUAUGUUGUAUGGAAGUCAAAAUACUGCUUUAAUUACAUUUUGAUUCCUUUACGACAAAUUACUGCACAUUCAGUGCCUUUUAUUCAGUUUUUAAACAUCAAACAUGAUCUUAAUCCAUUAUUAAAACAUUAUCAAACACAUGUUUGACAUUUCUAAAUAUGGAUUUCUGAGAAAUAAUGUGCCUUUAAGUGGGCUUUUUAAUUUGUCUAUGACUUAACUAUCAUACAAUUAUACCUUAAUAGACAUGAUAUUGUUUGUAAAUCAACUAAAUGUCCAUGAAAACGAGCAACUCGUGAUUAUAUUUCUUAAAAUAGGCAGACAUAUCUUGUUAGAGAAGGUUUUAUCUAUUUACCUUAUAAAAUCCACAUAUGUUUAAUGUAACACAGACAGUUUUUUGUUUAAUAUGUUUCGAGUUACGGCUAUAAAAUAUUAGAAGAACGUGAUACUAUAUAUAUAAUAUAGUAAUUCAUAUACAAAUAAGUAUGUACCAUGCUAUUAUACAAGAGGUAUUAUACAACACCUUGUAUGAACCCUAAGAAAUUCUGAUUAUCUUUUUUUAUAAAAGUUACAUUAUGUAACAUCAUAUAUGCGCUAGUUAGUGUUUAUAGUCAGACAUUUUCUUGUUAUGCAUUCGUUACUGAAGAUUCUAUUCUUUUAAAAAAAAAUACAUAUUUAUUCAAAUUAGAAAACUUGUGGUUAAAAGUGUGCUUUUAAAAAGCGAUGUGACUACUAAAUACCUUGAUAAAUCAUACAUUGUUUUCGGAUUUAUAAAUGUGUUACGUUUGCGUGAAUAAAUAGCAUUAUCGCUAUAGUUUAUUAAUUAAUAUAGCUUCAACUUUCAAUGUAAUUACUAGAUAAUGUUUAUGUUCAUCGUGAAUGAAUCAAAUUUUAAGAUCACAAAGCUUGCUAUAAUCGAACUGUUAAAAAAGAAUCUAACAUUUCUUGUUGCUCAUUCAACAUAUAGUAUGAAUGGAAAAACAAUGUUCACGAAACUCUUUCUGCGAAAGAAAUGAUAAAGGGUUGGGAAGUUACAAAUUUGACCAUAAAAGAUGUAGAAAUAUUGAUCAUAUUCAUUUAUAUAUAUACAUAACUGGAACAUUAUAUAACUUAGACACUGGACAAUUUUCUUUUUUAUUCUUGCUCAUCACAUGUCAGCAUUUAUUUAUUCUUAUUAUAAUUUAAUGUUGUUAUGUUGUUGUAUUGUAAAAUUAGGAAGCAGACUAUUUAUAUUAUGAUUUUAGUGAAUUGUAAAUAGCGCAAUUUAUUAAGCUACAGUUUCCGAAUGUCCUAAAAAUAUAUUAUUUCUAUUGAAUCCCCACAUUUCAGAAGCAUAUACUAGAAAAGGAUUAGGCGUAAUACCAACAAAGCUGAUAUGAAAGUAACUGACUGGUAAGGUGUUAAGCAGAUAAUAAAAGAAAUUAUUGUUCUUGUGUCAAAUUAUUACAAUGUACAAUAUAUGUUAAGUUGUGACUUUAAUUCUUGUUAAAUCCUCGGAUCAUUUUAUGCUAUUAUUAUUCAUUUAAAUAUAUCUACCUCACUUAUUA